AUGCCUCACACUAGAAUUAUCAUCCAUGCAAAAGAUGAUAUUGAUAUCGAUGCCCUUGCUGCUGAGAUAGAAGGUGCAGGAGCUGCAAAGGAGCAAGAGCCUCAGAAAUCUAAAGGCAAAAAGAAAAAAGAAAAGAAGAAACAGGAUUUUGAUGAAGAUGAUAUCCUGAAGGAGCUGGAAGAACUGUCACUAGAGACGCAAGGAGGGAAAGCUGACAGGGAACCUUCUACAGGAAAGGCUGAAAACGAAGAAAUCGGCUUAUCAAAACAAGACAAAAAAAGGAAAGGAAAGAGUAAAAAAACCAGUCUUGAAAAUGACUAUGACAGUGAGGAAGGCGAAGAUAAAGAUACAAAAUCUAAAAAAAUUCAGAAAGCAAAACAAGAAAUGCUUUCUGGCAGUGAUGAUGAUGAUCAUGAGAUGCUGCUUAAGAAAAACAAAGGGAAAACUCAGAAGUCGAAUAAAAAGCAGGACCUGUCAGAAGAAGAUGAAACUAACAUUAAGAAAAGCAAAGAACGUGUAGGGGCAGUGUCUACAGGUGAGAGUGGUGAUGAAUCGGAUGAGAUCUCCCAUCCUAAAAAAGGACAAAAGAAGAACCAAAAACCAAAGCCCACUCCUGCUGCUGAAAGUGGGGAUGAGGAAGAAGAGCCUUCAUUCAAGGUAAAAACAGUAGCUCAAAAGAAGGCAGAAAAAAAAGAGCGCGAAAGAAAGAAACGUGAGGAGGAAAAAGCCAAACUGAGGAAACAGAAAGAGAAGGAAGAAUUAGAAGCUGGUAAAGAACCAGCAAAGCUGAAGGAAGCUCCAAAGAAAGCUGAAGAGAAGGCUUCCUCUGAAGCCUCUGCCCCUGGGGAAAAGGGAGAGACUCCUGCUGCAACAGAAGCUGAUGACAAUGAGGGGGACAAAAAGAAGAAAGACAAGAAGAAAAAGAAAGGUGAGAAGGAAGAAAAAGAAAAAGAGAAGAAAAAGGGUCCUAGUAAAGCCACAGUUAAAGCUAUGCAAGAAGCCUUGGCUAAAAUGAAAGAGGAGGAGGAAAGGGCAAAAAGAGAGGAAGAAGAACGCAUAAGACGGCUGGAGGAACUGGAAGCUAAACGCAAAGAGGAGGAAAGAUUAGAACAAGAGAGGAAAGAAAGAAAGAAACAGAAAGAAAAAGAGAGGAAAGAGCGUUUGAAGAAGGAGGGAAAACUUUUAACAAAAGCUCAACGAGAAGCCAGAGCCAGAGCGGAGGCUACUCUUAAGCUCCUCCAAGCUCAGGGUGUUGAAGUGCCAUCUAAAGACUCAGUGCCAAAGAAGAGGCCAAUAUACGAAGAUAAAAAGAAAAAGAAGCAGCAGCAGCAGGAAAAUAAAGAAGAAACUGUGGAGGUAACUUCCCCAGCUGAAGAUGCUAUAGAACUAGAAACACCAGUAAAAGAAGAGACUCUUCUUCCAGUAGAAACAGUUUCGGAAGAAAAGGAGGAAGAAGAAGAAACAGAAGAUGCAGGUUUGGAUGACUGGGAAGCUAUGGUUAGUGAUGAAGACCGAGAGAAAGAGAGCAAACCUGUCCACAUUGAAGUCAAAGAACAAAAUGAAGUGGAGGAGGAGGAGGAGGAUGAGGAGGAAGAGGAGGAGGAGGAAGAGGAGGAGGAGAGUGAAGACUCUGAAGAUGCAGAAAGCGAAGGGAGUGAAGAUGAGGAUGAAAAGACUUCAGAUGAGAGAGAGACAGAUUCCCAAGCUGUUGGAAAACAAUCUAUGGAGAAAAAGCCUAGCAAGGAGAUUAGCUCUGAAUCAAGCUAAGAGGUGAGCUUUUCUUUGGUUUGUACUUACCAAUUUUUAAACCUACGUUUCUAGAAGCGGCGAGCUGAAAACAGCAAGAAUGUGAACACUGAAAAGCUCAGAGCACCAGUUAUCUGUGUCCUGGGACAUGUAGACACUGGCAAGACCAAAAUUUUAGAUAAGCUCCGCCAUACUCAUGUACAGGACAGUGAAGCUGGUGGUAUCACUCAGCAGAUUGGUGCGACUAAUGUUCCCCUUGAAGCUAUUAAUGAACAAACUAAGAUGGUGAAAAAUUUUGACAGAGAGAACAUAAAAAUUCCAGGAAUGCUGAUAAUUGACACUCCAGGACACGAAUCUUUCAGCAAUCUAAGAAAUAGAGGAAGCUCGCUUUGUGAUAUUGCUAUUCUUGUAGUUGACAUCAUGCAUGGUUUGGAGCCACAGACAAUUGAAUCAAUAAACCUGUUGAAAUCUAAGAAAUGCCCCUUUAUAGUAGCUCUCAACAAGAUUGAUAGGUUAUAUGACUGGAAAAAAAGUCCAGAUACAGAUGUAGCGGUCACUUUAAAGAAGCAGAAGAAGAAUACAAAAGAUGAAUUUGAAGAACGUGCAAAAGCUAUCAUAGUGGAAUUUGCAAAACAGGGAUUGAAUGCUGCCUUGUUUUAUGAGAAUAAGGAUCCCCGCACUUUUGUUUCUCUUGUACCUACCUCUGCUCACACAGGGGAUGGAAUGGGAAGUCUGAUAGCUCUUCUUGUUGAACUAACACAAACUAUGCUGACCAAGAGACUGGCUGAGUGUCAAGAGCUGAGAGCUCAAGUCAUGGAGGUUAAAGCACUGCCUGGUAUGGGCACCACCAUAGAUGUUAUUUUGAUUAAUGGACGCUUGAAAGAAGGAGACACAAUUAUUGUUCCUGGAGUAGAAGGUCCUAUAGUAACUCAGAUUAGAGGUCUUCUGUUACCUCCUCCUAUGAAGGAGCUGCGAGUUAAGAACCAGUAUGAAAAGCACAAAGAGGUUGUUGCUGCUCAGGGUGUGAAGAUUCUUGGGAAGGAUUUGGAAAAAACACUGGCUGGUUUGCCGUUGCUUGUAGCAUAUAAAGAGGAUGAAGUCCCAGUUCUGAAGGAUGAAUUAAUACAUGAACUGAAGCAAACACUGAAUGCAAUCAAAUUAGAAGAGAAAGGUGUUUAUGUCCAGGCUUCUACUUUAGGCUCUUUAGAAGCAUUACUUGAGUUUCUUAAAACAUCAGAAGUGCCAUAUGCAGGAAUUAACAUAGGUCCUGUCCAUAAAAAAGAUGUUAUGAAAGCAUCAGUUAUGCUGGAGCAUGACCCUCAAUAUGCAGUUAUUCUGGCAUUUGAUGUAAGGAUUGAGCGUGAUGCACAGGAAAUGGCUGAUAGCUUAGGAGUCCGGAUUUUUAGUGCUGAAAUAAUUUAUCACUUAUUUGAUGCCUUCACAAAAUAUAGACAAGACUAUAAAAAACAGAAACAAGAGGAGUUCAAGCAUAUAGCAGUAUUUCCUUGCAAGAUGAAAAUACUCCCUCAGUUUAUUUUCAACUCCCGUGACCCAAUAGUUAUGGGUGUGGUUGUGGAAGCAGGCCAGGUGAAGCAGGGCACUCCCAUGUGUGUACCUAGCAAAAACUUUGUUGAAAUUGGAAUAGUUACAAGUAUUGAAAUAAACCAUAAGCCAGUGGAUGUUGCAAAAAAAGGCCAAGAAGUAUGUGUUAAAAUAGAACCUAUUCCUGGUGAAUCGCCCAAAAUGUAUGGACGACAUUUUGAAGCAACAGAUAUCCUCGUCAGUAAGAUCAGUCGUCAGUCCAUCGAUGCUCUGAAGGACUGGUUCAGAGAUGAAAUGCAGAAGUCUGACUGGCAGCUUAUCGUAGAGCUGAAGAAAGUGUUUGAAAUCAUCUAGAUAACUUUUUACAGCAAUGGAAUGGCAGGAAUAAACUCCCUAUUCCUGUUCUAAAAGUCACCAACAAAGUCAUAUAUUGAAGACAGUGUUGGAUUUAUGUUUGAGAGGAAAAUAUGUGGAUAAAAUGUUUUCCAUGAGAAACCAAGAAAUUUACACUGGUUUGACAGUGGUCAAUUUACAUGUUCCCACGGUUCCAAUGUGCCUGUUCACCUCUCCCACUGCCCUUCCUAAUACUGGCUGCUGUUUUAAAGUUUGCCCUUCCUUCUCUUACACCUUCCUUCUACCCUUUCCCCCCGCCCUCUAAAAUAAAAUAAAAUAAAUUUGAAUUUUUAUUACAGAACUAAAACUUUCACUUUUAUACUGAUGAAAUCAGUACUGCAGUAUUUGAUUAACCAAGCUUCUGCAGACUUUGUGAUUCUUGGGACAUUUUUGAUGUAAGAAGUACUUCUUUAUUUAUGCAUACCUCUUCCCUUGACUCUCUUUUCCAACAUUCUUCUGCUUUGUGCCUAUAGAAAUUUUUUUAAAUAGAAAAUUAGGCAAUUGGAUAUUUCUGUAUUUGCUUUGUGUGAAACAAUGAUGUAAAGCAUAGUUGGCCGCCUUUUAUUGCUUGUACAGUUCAUGAAAGUCGACCUGUAAUCAUUAUAAUGCAGAGCUGCAAAUAAAGGAGAUGGAC